CGGAGCGGUAGUGGUAGUGGCAGAGGCAGAGUCCCGCUACCCGCCAUGAGUCGUAAGCUGAGUGCCGGGAUGUGCGUGUGAGGCGGCCCCGCCAGGGCUGCUCACCGCCGGCUCCGAUCCUCAGGCAUCGGCGAGCAGCCUCUGGGCGGGCUGCGGGGCCGGGCGGCGAGGCGCUGCUGACCGGGCCAUGCCGUGUCGGCAGCUGCUCCACUCGCUCCUUCCCUUCCUCCUCCUCGGCUGGGUGUGGGCCUCUGGCGUAGAGUCUUCUCCCCGUUUGCCUGCACCAAGGGAUGUGACGGUUUAUUCCUAUAACUUUCAUAGUUCACUGAGGUGGUCACCUGUUAAAGUGGGCAGAGGCUUGGUGCUAUAUACGGUCCACUUUAAAACAGGGGCUUAUAACCGGUGGGAUGAGAUGAACUGCACCUGCAUCACCCAGACUGAGUGUGGCUUCCCCUGGUCGCUCAAGGAGCGGCGCUGGACCAUUUUUCUGCGUGUGCGGGCUGAGCUGGGAAACUUGACUUCUGACUGGGUGGAAACAGACCGGUUUGUGGCAGAGAGAAACACUACUAUAGGGCCCCCUAAAGUAAACAGCGUGACUGUAAGCUCUGACUCGCUUCUCGUUAGUGUCACACCCCCUUUUGGAUCUGGAGUGGGUGACUUUCUUCAGUAUCACGUGUCCUACUGGGAGAAUGUAACAAAUAUCACUGGAAAGAAGACAGAGACAAGCAAUACACUAUUCAAAAUCGGAAAUCUAAAGGAAUCGACACUUUAUUGUUUUAGAAUCCAAGUAGAACUGAGACCACGUUCAGAUCUUGGACUGCCAAGUGUCCCAGAGUGUUACAGAACUACAAUCAGCGAGGCAACCAGAGCUGGAUACAUUAUACUGAUAUUUGUGGCGUUGCUAUUUUCUGUCAAUGUGGUAGCAGUCGGUUUGUUUCUUCUGUGGAGACAUAAAAAACCAAUUAAAUACUGGUUUCGGCCACCUUUAGAAAUCCCAUCACACUUUGAAGAGUAUUUGAAGGACCCGAGCAUGCCUGUCUUAGAGGCGCUGGACGCCUGGGACGAUCCCCAUGAUUCUUUCUGUGUUGUCUUUGGUGAGGAAGGAAGCCAAGCUCCUGGCAGCUCUCCGGACGGUCAGGCCCCUGGGCGCAGCACCUCCAGUGCCAGCCACGUGACGUAAGCAGAGCUGAAGUGGGAGUGUCUGCGACACACCUGUGCUGAGGCUCCUCCUGGCAGCGGGACUGAAGUGGGGGAGCUGCUGGCUGCACACACUGUGAGCUCUGGACAAAACGUAGCUACUGCAGAAGCCUGAGGGUGACGGUGCUUCCAAAGAAUGGUGUGGAGCCCCAGCCUCGGUGUCAACUACUUGCGCUGUGCUACGCCAGGAACUGUGUUCUGCCAAAGAGACUUUUGAAAGGGGGAAAGUGCAAGGGAAACAAACACUAAAUCGCCUGAAGACAGAGAGGCGGUUACAAAACGCUUAUAUUAACGUUAUUUUAUUUCCCACCCCAGAUUGAAAUACAGCUUUGAGAAAUAAUGGCACUUUAGGGUAGGAUGUAAAACAACCUGCAACAUGUGAGUGACUUUCUUCUAUUGUGGCUUUUGUUUUGUUGCCUUAUUGGUGAAGCUGGUGUUGGCACUCAACGUGUAUUAUAUCCACAGCAGACUCCAGACUGAUUUCCUGAACCAUUUUAAGUAUGUGCAGUUUUCUGUGGCAACUUAUUUCCUCCAGAGAAAAAUAGAAGUCCUUUAUCUGCCUCCUACCACAUGCAUGAGAAGCAUUAAUCUUCUGUUCCUGCACUGAGAUAAGCAUCAUUCACAGCAGAACACGCUUCAAAAUGGUUUUUUCAGAAUUUAUAAUGUUUAUCAGUAAUUAUCAGACAUUAAAAUCUCUUGUUGCCUAUCAGAUGGGUCCUGCAAAUGAAAAAUUGACUGAGUGUUGUGAGUGCCUUGAAGCAGAAGACUAAAGUUAAGCCUUGCAUCACUGUCCUGUAGAGUCUGAAAGGUGUCUAAUAAAGCACAAAUAACAAAUGAA